CUGGCCGUGAAAUUAUUAAUAUAUAUGCAUGAAAUAUAUGUCGGGUAUUUUUGUUUCCAUCCUAUUUACGUUUAAAUAAGUUUUCGAAAAAAUGGAUGUUUAUAUCAGAAAGACCAAACCAAUCCACUGUUUUGUGUUCAUGGGCGUGUUUGCUGCGUUGUUGUGCCCGGGAGUGGGGCAGGCGACGGACACUUUUACCCUGGACGUCUCGAUCACAACUGCCUGUGACCACGUGGCCACAUUGGACAUUAUGUUCACUUCGACAGACGUGGCACUGACCCAGGAUACGGGCACUGGCUUCAUGUUCGACCCGGACACCAAGGUCCUCACGUGUGAUUUAACAACAGUCAAGAGCAACGAGCUGAAACAGACCAUCCUCACUAUCAGUGACAGUGGUGUGGUUGUGCGAUAUGUUGAAAUUAACAUCAUUAAUAUUUUAAUCACAUUGCGGAUCACUGACCCGGUGGACGGAGGGACAGUGGAUCUAUCGGAGGCCGCCUCUUCCGGAGACGUCGUAUACAAUCUCAAGGCGUACGACGAAACAGAUGACUAUAUCUUCAGUAUCACAACACAGAGCACACCAUCUUUGUUCACUGUGAACGCCGCCAAUGUUCUUGCUGUGGCUAACUCGGUUCCCGACGGUACAUUCACCUUCCAGGAAACUUAUUCACUCACACUUAGAGCUGUAAGCGGUGACGGUGCGGAGGAGGCGACGGCUGACAUCACGGUGCAAGUCGUUUCGAGCAACCAGCACGUACCAGCCUUCUCCCAGCUCUCAUAUACCGCCUACAUACCCGAGACAGCUGGAGCAGGAACAACAGUGACUCAGUUGACGGCCACAGACGAUGACGUCGCCGCACCCGAUAACGUCAUCACAUAUUCACUGUCAGGUUCCACUGCUUUUGUGAUAAACGCCAACACGGGCCUAAUUACGGUAGCCGCGGAUGUGACGUUUAACUAUAGCGUCGAACCAUAUCAUGUUUUGACGGUGACGGCGAAUGACUGGAGUGUCAGCCAAUCACUCAACAGCGUCGCCGAGCUGAAUGUCACCGUGCAAACAGCCCCCUUGUUUGGAGGAAGUACGUCAUUGAGUAUACCUGAAACGGCCGUGACCGGGGACAUCCUGGCCACCAUCACAGCCACGGACGUCGACAGCGACGAUAACCUCCUAACCUUCUCCGUUGUCUCUCAGUCGCCCUCCACCACUCCCGCGUUGUUUGAGAUAUCCGGAAGUGACCUGCUAGCGUCCUCCGCCGUCACUUCCGGUGUGUUGGAUGCGGACACCAGCACCGAGGCCAUCACAUAUACAGUAGUGUUAAGAGUGUCUGACGGCACGUAUCAGACGGAUGAGACGUUUACGUUGACUGUGAUCAACGUCAACGAUGAGCCGCCGACGUUCUCUUCUCCUAUACGUGCUAGCAUACCGGAGUGGGCCACGGCAGGGUUGGCAGUGGCGACAGUUUCAGCCACAGAUAAUGAUUCCAUAGCGCCGUACAACAACAUCACAUACUCCAUUCCAACAGGGUCCCCAUUUAUUAUUGACGUGGCCACAGGAGCCGUGAGUGUAGCGACCGGCGCGGUGUUCGACUUCAGCACUACCCGACAGUACACGCUUAUCGUCACCGCCACGGACGGUGGGGCGGCAGAUGCACUCUCUGCCACUACGCAAGUCGAAAUCAACAUUCAGACGAGGCCUGUAUUUGAGAGCCCGGUUUACGGCGCAACUUUGACGGUACUGGAAACACUUAACUCCGGGGAGACAGUGACGGGCCUUACCGCCACAGACAAGGAUGGGAGCGCCAUAUCGUUCACCGUAGUUUCUCAGACGCCCGAUACGACACCCAAGCUGUUUGCACUGAGCGGAAGUGCCUUAGUGGCCGCCGGUUCCAACCCACCCGGGACGUUCGACCAGGAUGCGACCUCCGCUGUGGCUUCUUAUUCACUACAAUUGCGUGUGUCUGACGGCACAUAUGUGUCUGAUGUCGUUGUGACGGUUGCCGUGGAGAACACGAACGACCACGCCCCGGAGUUCAACCAGUCCGCCUACACCGCCGUCGUGCGCGAAACUCUUACAGGUGUCCAUGUAGUGACCCAGACUCCAGCUGAAGACGCAGACUCCAUCUCGCCUUUCAACGUCAUCACGUACUCAAUUACAGGCUCCGACCUGUUCACCAUUGAUCCCAACACCGGUGUCGUGUCUACCACGUCCACUGCUAUCUUCGACCACGCGGUGACGCCACAGUACGUCCUCACCGUGACAGCUACGGACGGAGGGACGCCAGCCAAAUCGACGGUGGCUAUGCUGACCGUGGGUUUGGCUACAGCUCCCAUGUUUGUUAACCUCACGACGUAUCAGACGAUUGAUGUGUAUGAAAAUAUAAAUGCUCUCACCUCGGUGUACGAUGUGCUUGUCGAGGACAAGGACUCAUCCGAAGUGACCAUCUCCAUCGUCAGCCAGACCCCAUCCUCCAUGUUCGAGCUAGACGAUUACAUUCUUGUCCUCAAAGAUGGUGUCACCCUGGACGCCGAGGCCGGGCUGAACUACACGCUUUCAUUCAGCGCUACUGACGGUCUGUUCACCACGCAGAGCGCUAACCUGCUGGUACACGUGAUGGACAGGAACGACAACCCGCCUGUGCUCUCCCCUGAGACGUACACCAGCACCGUACCAGAAAACCUCUCUAUAGGGUCGGAGGUGCUGACAGUAACAGCCACUGAUGCUGAUGUCUCGGUAUCCUACAGCAGACUGCUGUAUGUGAUCACGGCUGGGAAUGAACUGGACACGUUCGACAUUAACGGUACGUCGGGUACGUUGACGUUAAUCAAAAUCCCGAACGCGUUGACGUACCGCCUGACGGUGACGGUGGGGGACGGCGGAAUACCGCCAAUAGAGGCAAACGCUACCCUCGAUAUCACCGUGAAUUCGGAGACCGUGGAUGAGUGUUUGCAGUUAGCGUGUGAAAACGAGGCCACGUGUUUCCCGCUCCUCAACUCGUUUUACUGUGAAUGCACGGAACAGUGGAUGGGGAAGUACUGUAACGUCAGCCGUCUAAAGUGCGAUCCCAAUCCCUGCCUACACGCGGGCACCUGCACGGAGACCGUGGACGCCUUCUCGUGCAGCUGUGGGGCCGGGUGGACUGGGGACACGUGUGCUGAUGCCUGUACGGGCAAUACGUGGGGCCCCAACUGUGCAGACCCGUGCACAUGCGUGUCGGAGCACGUGCUGGACGCGUUCCAGGAGCAACAGUGUCACGCGCGCACGGGACAAUGCCUGUGUAAAGCACAGUGGCAAGGAGCAACGUGCAACGAAGACUACAACGAGUGUAGUGACGCUACAAUCUGCGCAGGCGCGGGGGAGAACCGGGUGUGUGAGAACGAGGCCGGGGGCUACAGAUGCGUGUGCAUGGUUGGCUAUAAGGAGGACGGCGGCCUCUGUGUACAAGAUAAUACUGUUCCAUCAUCCGGUAUUGUAGCGGGCGAGGCGGCGCUGAGGGUCGGGAUGUCCAUACCGGAGACGUGCCCAGACCUGUCGGUGCCCUCCAACUACCAGGCCGUCAGCGCGCUCCUUAAGGACAUGCUCGAGGACCGGCUGAACAUUUCCGCUAAUCCGCUCAUCAAGAGGGUCGUCAUCAUCAGCAUUAGGUGCGGGUCGAUCGUCUACGAGGCGUUCGUGGUUAUCGUGGACAGUGAGGCUGCCCGGUCAGAAGUAGCUAUUCAUUUGCAGGAAAUCCGGGACAGGGCAACACUCAGCUACGCCGGCAGCCCAACAGCCGCGUCUGCACUCACUGUGGAUGGCACGACAAUGAACAGCACCAGAAGUGAUCCGAACAAUAUCGGCCAGUUGACGUGUGACGUGUUCGAGACCAUUGAACGCUGCCCGGAUGGGACCGUGUGUAAAUACGAGAACGGAAAACCCUUUUGCAGACAAGUGGAAGAUGACAACACUACGAUGAUUCUAGCGCUGGGCCUGGGUAUCGUCCUUCCGCUGCUGAUGUUGUUGGUCUGUUUCGCAUGUUGUUACUACUUCCGCCGGAACCACCGACAACGAGGCUACCACAGACAUAGUUAUGACAGCAGUGACCGGCCUUGGCAGACAGAUUUUCCGACCCGCCGUAACUGGCCCCAUCGCAGUCCAGUGGAACCAUGGCAACGGAACUACUAUGACAACCGGGCCAUAUCUGACGACCGUCGCAUGGCCAGACGGCCCCUCGACAACGGCAGGGCCCUAUCAGACAAGGCAUACAGUGACAUCGCCCCUAACAAGAGGGACUUAUACGGACUGUCGCCUUUUGAUAGCAAGAUCUAGGUGUACAUUGACAGUACAUUCAUGUAUGGAAGUGUUUAUUAGUUCAGUUCAUCGAAUGCAAAAGGGUGUAUAUUUUAGUAAAAAAUGGAAAAAAACCUGGUACAAUAACAGACAUAUUAUAGCAAGAUAUACAUAUGUCUGAGUGAU